AUGGCGUGGAUCCAGAGCGACGAAGAGCAAGAGGAUUUUCUCUCGUGCGAUGGAGAGUCUGAUCCCGAAUCUUCCAAUGACGAGUCGCUCAAAGUAAAAGAUAGAGUACACCAAGUCGAAGACGACGAUUCCGAUGUCGAUGCUGACAUUGCGCGUGCGCAUGGCCCAAGGACUACGACUGAGAGACGCCGAGCGCAGAACGACAUCAUGAAAGCCUUUGCUGCUAACAUCAGUGCAAGUCUAACACAAAAGGAAGUCGAUGACGCUGCCGCAAAGAGUGCCAAUGAAGAGCAGCUGUCGAUCCGCGAUAUCCUUGCAAAACAAGAUACGACAGUCCGCAUCACGAACCCUCGCGACUACCAGACGGAGCUAUUCCAGAGGGCAAAGGUCGAGAAUGUAAUUGCGGUGUUAGACACUGGUUCCGGGAAGACUCAUAUUGCAACCCUCCUGCUGCGACACGUCCUGGACGCAGAGCUCGAACAUCGGGCCAAGGGCGACGCCCCCAAAAUGGCCUUUUUUCUUGUCGACUCAGUAAAUCUCGUGUUUCAACAAUCCAACGUUUUGAGAUGCGGUCUCGACCAGAACGUGGAAGGCAUAUGUGGUUCCAUGGGCGCUUCGUUGUGGUCUAGGAAGACCUGGCAGACCUACUUCGAUACCAACAUGGUGGUCGUGUGUACAGCUGAGGUCCUUGUGCAGUGCAUGAUGCACUCUUUCAUCACCAUGAGUCAGAUCAAUUUGCUGAUCUUUGACGAAGCUCACCAUGCGAAGAGCAAUCAUCCUUAUGCCCGCCUAAUGAAGGAUUAUUACACACAUGAGCUGGACCUCUCCAAACGACCCCGUAUCUUUGGUAUGACGGCAUCGCCUGUAGAUACCAAAGGACUGUCUGCGGAUCACAUCAAGCAAGCUGCUAGCGAUCUUGAGAAGCUCCUAUAUGCCAAGAUUGCCACUACCACAGAGAGCACGCUUGCUUCCAACAGCAUCAGUCGGCCAGAUGAGGAGGUUGCGGUAUACACACGUCUACAGGACGAAUUCGAGACGCCACUCCAUCAGAAAAUCAAGGCCAAGUUCGGGGACCUGCCAUCGUUCAAGAAGUUCUUCGUCGCAUCCAAACACCAUGGUGUCGAGCUCGGACGUUGGGCAUCCGACAUGUACUGGUCGUUUGCUUUUGCGGACGAGCAGAGUCGGAAAUUCCAGGAGCGGGAGCGCCUGAAGCAUAAUCGCGCUAAUGUGGACGAUGAUGUGCAGAAAUGGGACGCAAAAUUGAAGCGUCUGCAAGAAGCUGCUGAGUUUGUUCAACAAUUCGACUUUGGAAAAUGCACGCUGAGCGAUAAAGACGUGAGUUCCAAGGUUUUGAAACUUCAUUACUGGCUCCACCGAUACUAUGAGCGCAGCGACGAGGCCCGAUGCAUCGUUUUCGUUGAGCAGCGACAAACCGCCCGAUUGCUUCAACUAAUCUUCGCCAGUCUUGGUGGGUCAAACCUUCGAUGCAGCGUACUAGUCGGUGUCAACAAUCGCAUCAGCGAGCAGAACAUCUCCUUGCGGAACCAGAUUCUUACUGUCGCAAAAUUCCGGCGCGGUGAAUUGAACUGUCUCUUCGCAACCUCUGUUGCGGAAGAAGGCCUUGAUAUUCCACAGUGCAACCUGGUCGUCCGAUUCGACCUCUACCGCACCAUGAUUGCAUAUGUGCAGUCUCGGGGUCGGGCAAGGCAUCGUAAUUCGAAGUAUUUACACAUGCUUGAAGACGGUAACCACGACCACCGCGAGAGAAUCAUGGAUGUUAAGCAGGACGAACAAGUGAUGAGAAACUUCUGCAGGGAUCUUCCACAGGACCGUCAGAUCAACGAGUUUGACAAGGACGGCACGGAUCUGCUGACGUUUGAAGACAAAUUAUUCCCGACCUUUGUCACCAAGCCUGGUGCAAAGCUCUCGUAUCGCUCCAGCUUGUCUAUCCUCAACCACUUUGUGGCAACAUUACCAGGGCCCGACAGACAGACCAUGCUGCAGCCCACCUAUGUCAUCAGUUCUGAAGUUCAACGAAAUGUUCUCGACCCACAACGUAGAGGUUUUGUGUGUGAAGUGAUCCUACCAGAAUACUCGCCGGUGACUUCUAUCAUCGGGGAUGUCCAGGGGAAGAAAACCAUCGCUAAAUGUUCGGCGGCCUUUAAGACCUGUCUUCAAUUAUACAAGAAGGGGUACCUGGACGAUAAUCUACUCCCAACAACCUUCAGGAGCUUACCGGCUGGAAGGAAUGCGCUGCUAGCGCUCAGCGAGAAGAAGAAGGGCAUGUAUUCCAUGCUAAUCAAGCCGAAUUUCUGGAAGCUAGGACGCGGUACAGUCCCUACACACCUGUAUCUCACCGUUGUCGACCUCGAUUCUGGCCUUGACCGACCUCAUCAGCCUUUAGGUCUGCUCACUCGACAUCCGUUUCCGCAAUUACCAAACUUCCCCAUAUAUCUGACCGAUGGAAGACCGUCCAACAUUGUCUCCCAACCAUCUGAUACUCCGUUGCCUUUGUCAGAAACGAUGCUAGACGUACUUACAGAGUUUACCUUGCGCAUAUACCAGGAUAUCUACAACAAGGAGUAUGAGAAGGAUGUCCAGAAGAUGUCCUAUUGGGUGGUUCCAGUAGUUUCUAGCCAGAUGGCUUCUCUGCCUUUUGUCACAACCAUCAAUCAAAUCCUGGAUAUGGAUCAGAUAAGUCGAGUCUACUCUAAACCCACUUGGAAAUGGACAAUAGACACCAAGCCUGAGGAUUUGAUAGAUCAGUACUUUGUGGAUCCUAUGAAUGGGGGACGGCGUUACUAUGUAAACCGUCUCGCCCCUCAUCUCAAGCCCCAAGAUCCUGUUCCCAAGGGUAUACCUCGCCAGAACCACAAGUUCAUGGACAGCAUUCUUGACUACAGCGAUAGCAAAUGGCUGAAGACUAGAGACAUCUCCAAAUGGAACCCAUCACAGCCUGUUCUUGAGGUUGAGAAGAUUCCUUUCCGCCGAAACCAUCUUGCGCGUGUCGAGGACAAAGAGAAGGGCGAGCUUGAUGAUCUCAAGACAUACGUCUGUCCCGAGCCGCUGCUGAUCUCUAAUCUUGCGACACCCUUUGUAGUCAUGUGUUACGUUUUGCCGGCCAUCAUUCACCGCUUCGAGAGCUAUCUCAUUGCUUUGGACGCUUGCGGGGUUCUUGACCUGAAGGUCAGUCCAGCACUUGCCCUAGAAGCAUUGACGAAGGAUUCCGAGAACUCAGAGGAACAUGGCGAAGAAAAGAUCAAUUUCAAGAGCGGGAUGGGCCCAAACUAUGAACGUCUUGAGUUCUUAGGAGAUUGCUUUCUCAAAAUGGCUACUUCUCUAUCGGUGUUCGUUCAGCAACCAGACGAGAAUGAGUUCGAGUUUCACGUUCGCCGCAUGGAAAUGCUCUGCAAUAAGAAUCUCCUGGAGACAGCAAUCGGCAAGAAGAAGGUGACAUCUGUGGAUGGCACGGAGCGCGACAUAAAGCUUUACAACUACAUUCGCACUGACUCAUUUUCUCGUCGAACAUGGUAUCCAGAUGGAAUGAAACUUCUCAGGGGCAAAGGUGUAAACAAAUCCGAAGACGACUGGCUCAAACUCACACACAACCUGGGUGACAAGAGUAUCGCCGAUGUAUGCGAGGCUUUCAUCGGCGCUGCUUUCCAGGAACACUACAAGGGUGGCCGGUGGAACGCUGCCGACUGGGACGAGACGGUCAAAGCAGUCAAGCUCUUCGCCAACAGCCCCGAUCAUGAGAUGUCAAAGUGGACCGACUACUACGCCGCGUACCAGAUGCCAAAGUAUCAAAUCGCAGAUGCCACUGCAGCUAUGUUGGACAUGGCUUGCAAGAUUGAGGCGAAACACCCUUAUCAUUUCAAGUACCCUCGUCUGCUUCGGUCGGCAUUCGCACACCCUUCUUAUCCGUACAUAUACGAGAACAUACCAAACUAUCAGCGUUUGGAGUUCCUCGGCGAUUCCCUCCUCGACAUGGCAUUCAUCACACAUCUUUACUACAAGUAUCCGGACAAAGACCCUCAGUGGCUCACCGAGCACAAGACACCUAUGGUCUCAAACAAGUUUCUCGGUGCAGUAUGCGUAAAAUUAGGUUGGCAUGUUUAUAUCAAGCAGAACACCGCCAUCUUAACAUCCCAAAUCCGCGAUUACGUGUUGGAAGCACAGGAAGCCGAGAGGGAAGCCAGCAGUGCAGUUGACUAUUGGGUCACCAUCAGCGAGCCGCCAAAGUGUCUGGCUGAUGUCAUCGAAGCAUACACUGCGGCCAUCUUCGUCGAUGCAGAAUUCGACUUUAGCGUUGUCCAAGACUUCUUCAAUAUGCACCUCAAGCCAUUUUUCGAAGACAUGACACUGGAAGCCUAUGAAAACUUUGCCUCUAACCACCCCACCACCCGUCUCAGCCGCAUCCUCUCCAUCAACUUUGGCUGCAACGACUGGCGCAUGGGUGCAUUGGAAAUGGAGACGCUCAUUCCCGGUAAAGGCAAGGCCAUUGCGGCUAUGAUAAUGAUUCAUGGGAAGGUACAUUUUUACUCCCUCGGCCAAAGCGGACGGUACGCGCGUGUUAGGGUGAGUCAUGCGGCGUUGGAAAAGCUGGAUGGUCUACCGCCGUUUGAGUUUCGGAAGAAGUACGGAUGUUAUUGUGCUGAGCAUGGGGAUGAGAUGGCGAAGGGAGACCAGAUGAGGGAGGCUAUGGGGACGAGCAUUUAG